UCUACUCCUUAACGUGCGUAUUCGGUUCUCGCGCACUGCGUGCUCCUAGUAUUUUCAUGGUUCCAUGGCAGAGCCGCCAUGAUGGCUUUCAGCUCAACACGCUCAACAUGGAAAGUUUCAAAGUUGUUUUAUCGUAUUUGUGACUGAGUGCGUGUAAAUAAAAACAAUGGGAACAAACUAGAGGAAACGAAAAUUCGAUUAGUGCCCGUCUCGGACGGCCCGAGCAUCGGGAAGCUGGUUUUAAGGAGAUUUUAUGUUGGCCUUGUCGUGUGUUUUGUGCUGUCAACAAAUAUGUCCAAGCUUUCAUUUAGGGCGAGGGCCCUGGAUGCAAGCAAACCCAUGCCUAUUUACAUGGCUGAGGAACUCCCGGAUCUUCCUGAUUAUUCAGCGAUUAACCGGGCAGUUCCUCAAAUGCCAUCAGGGAUGCAAAAAGAGGAAGAAUGUGAGCACCAUCUUCAACGAGCAAUUGUUGCUGGUCUCAUCAUUCCAACCCCAGAAGUCUCAGACAUACCAUGCAAAGAGUUCUACGACAAAGUCUAUCCUGCAAAUUACAAGCAACCCCGACAGCUCAUCCACAUGCAACCAUUCACAAUGGAACAGGACAUUCCCGACUAUGACAUGGAUUCUGAAGACGAACGAUGGUUACAUUCUCAAACACAAAAGUUGGACCUGAGCCCAGUGAAAUUUGAAGAAAUGAUGGAUCGGUUGGAAAAGAGUAGUGGACAAACUGUAGUUACUCUGAAUGAGGCAAAAGCAUUAUUGAAGGAAGACGAUGAUCUCAUCAUAGCAGUAUUCGAUUACUGGUUGAAUAAACGGUUGAAAACGCAACAUCCUCUAAUUUUGACUGUUAAAACUGAACAUAGAUCUGGCACAGCAGCCAAUAAUCCUUACCUAGCAUUCAGACGAAGAACAGAGAAAAUGCAGACUAGAAAAAAUCGAAAGAACGAUGAGGCAUCUUAUGAGAAAAUGCUGAAACUACGGAGAGAUUUGUACAGAGCUGUCACAUUACUGGAGCUUGUCAAACGGCGCGAGAAAAUCAAAAGGGAAUAUGUGCAUUUAACUGUGGAGGUUUUUGAGAAGCGAUUUCAGGCUAAAGAUUUCAGUGGGACAGUUAUGGCUGAGGCGUCUGCCAUUAAGUCAUCUAGGCCUGCUUUCACUCCUAUCUUUCACAAUCAUUACCCGAACCAGAGUUGGGCUACUAAAGCUAUUUUAAAGGACGAGGUUAUUCCAAGAAGAGAAAAGAGGCAAUACAAAAAAAGGAAACACAAGUCAUUGGGUCAAGGUCGAUCGAGCAGCUAUGGUAUCGAUUCUGUUACAGGGCUGUCUUCUGAUGAGGAAACAACUGUCCCCCAGGUGUCUUCAAAUCAAGAAGAAGACGAAGAUGAAAGUCAAUUUGCUUUCCGUAGAAACAAAUUGUGCUCCUACCAUAUGCCUUUAUCAGAAGAAGGGAACUGGAGUUGGUGUUCCAGAGAAGAAAAUGGAUUGGCUGACAAGAGAUUCCGUUUCACUCUAACAUCCCUAUCAAACCCAAGAAGAUGCAUUGGUUUUGCUAGACGAAGGGUUGGCAGAGGCGGUAGGAUUGUCCUUGAUCGGAUAUCAACGAAUUAUGAUGACUAUUGGCGUAUGUUGGAUUUCUCCAUUACAGAACCAGGUAGAGAAAGUUCUACAUCAGUGGAAACCAGCACCUCCGAUUCAUUUUCCCCAUCGGAUAUUAAAAGUGAACUCAGUGUUGGUAAUUCAAGUAGUAACAAUCUGCUGCGGACAAACGAUUGUGUUAGUAGUGAUAGUAUUAAGGUGGAAGUUAAGAGAGAGCAAGAGGGAGCUCAAGAAGAAGGCAUAGCACCUCUAGAGCCUGUUUACACCAGAGAGGAAAAAGAUGAUAUGGUUGAUUUCCUCCGAUCAGUUGGAAGGGAUUGGUUGCACUUUCGACCAAAAACACCACCUCCUGACUAUGAACCACCGUGUAACAUGUUACUGUCGCAGGAAACCUUCUUCGAUCCCAGUGCCAACACACCCUUUUCCAUGGAGAUCCAGACUCUGGAAGCGCCUAGCAGCACACUCCUUGACACUUCCACAUAUAUUACCGAUCCGUUCACUUUUGAUAACCUUGAAUUGGAGACGACCGUCACCGACACCAGGCAAUCCUUAUCGGGGCCGUCAUCGUCUACUCUCAAUACGCUUAUACCUAGUGUUAGUAGUGACAGUAACUUUUUAUACAAUGAUAGUGACGGUUUUGUGCUAAGUGAUUCUAGUAAUGACAGUGAUUAUAGAACUAUAGGUUGUACAGACUUUAGCGUGACGGAUCUGAGCAGUUCGGAAAGUUGUUCAGUCAAAAAGGAUUGUUCUGCUGCAGUGAGGCAACAAAAUGUUCUUUCUUCAAGUACCUCUACUAGUCCUAAGCUUAAUAGUGUAAGUACGUCAGUAUCCAGCGGUGGGCAGGAGCGUAGUGUCAGGAGUAAUCCUGAUAAUAGUUUACAUACCAACGCUAAUGGGUUAGUGACACAGUUCGGUUUUGAAGUACCUCCAAAUAGAACAAGAAAUAAUAAAUUAUCAUACGCUUACUCCGGCGCAGUGGGAUACCCGAAUGCUUCCUCAGGCACGUUGAGUCUACACACAUCUGCGCAAACUCUUACGCUUAAUAGUCAUAGUACGAACUUAUUGGACAUACCAAUGGCAAAUAAUACGGAUAACAACAAAAUGGGUCCAGAGGCCACUGGAGGGUCUGUAUCCACCAAUAAUAAGACAAAAACCAUUGCUCGUAAAAACAAUAUCAUAAUGGAGGUGACGUGAUGAUUAACAACAAGCCUGCUGUCUACGGAAGGCUGCGGGAUAUGGUUUCUGGUUACAGUCAAUGUGUCGUCUUCUGUGUCACAUAAAAAAGAUUGAGAAUAUGUCUGCAUAACUUGAAAGAUAAGUUGCAGUUCAUACGAAUAUAUUAGGUAACUUGUAUAAUAUGCUAAAAAUGUUGGUAGGUUUCAAAAUACGAGAUUUUCACAGUUUUCUUUGCCAUCCACUCUUGAAUAUUUGAGGUGUAUACGAAAUUCAUUCUUGGUUGAAAAAUGAUGAAAUUCAAGGUGUGAUUGCGUUUUUUUGUAUUCGAUCACUUUCAUUGUAAAGUUGAAGAAAACAGUGUUUUGACUACAAGAAAACAAUUUCUUUUAUUUUUAAGUUUUCAAUUUCUGAAUCUGUGAUAACUUUUAUAGGCUAACAUAUAAUAAAAUUUAAUGAAAGUCAUAAAUACUCUUUUUUAGAAAACAUUGGUUUCAUUAAACUGAUUGAGUGUGUUUAGUGUUUUGUUCACCUUUUAUGAUCAUAAGUCCUUAUUUGGUAUUUGACAUAUAUAUUGACAUGCCGUUUAUCAUUAGCCGACAUAAUAGCACUUAUGAGGCUGUUGAAGCCACAAGAAAUUAUAAAAUUUUACAUUCUCGGGUUAAUUUUUUUAAUGGGUGAAUUUUUUGAACAAAUAUUACGUUUCUCCAUCUUUAACAGUUAUCCUUUUGAAUUUAGCUAAACUUAAUUGAUAUGCAGUGAUUUUUUAAAAUUUGAAACAAGCAUCUGGAAUAUUGUGUACAAGUAUAUUGUUAUAAAAUAAAAACUCUUGGUAACUACAGGCAAACACACUUGUGAGCAUCAUCUGCAUAGACUGAAUAAAAAUACAUGAACUUGAUUGAUAUUUACAUUGUAUAUCAAUUAUUGUAUGUUUCAUUUCUAUAAAUUUAAAAUUUUGGGCAAUCAAUGUCGAAUGUUUUGAAAACAAUUGAAAUUUGUUUUUACCUAUAAAAACAACAUUCAUACAUUACAAGUACUUAUAUUUAUUUGUAAAAGUUACACACCAACUUGCUGUAAAGAUGUAACAAAUUACAGAGACUUCUCAGUGUCUAUAAUAGAUAUUUACGAAGAACUUUACAUGUGUUCCAAAUUACAAUUAAAAACCCUGUUAUGUUCUAGUUAUAGUAUUUCCCUGAACACACAUGCAGGUAGACAGUCAAAAAAGGGGGUUAAACAAAAUGAGUAGAAGUCUGCAUUAGGGAUUGUAGAAAUUUUGUAUAAUUCUUUUGACAAAAUUAACCUCCAGUAGGUUUGAGAGACUGGCUACAUGGCCUUCAAAGUGAUAAAAUUGGACCAUUUUCUUUAAGGUGGCGAAAUAUGAAAUUUUUGUAUAGUCCACUUAUUAAGGCAGGCUCCUUAAUAUGUGUUGUUUUUAAUUUUUAACCUACAUUGAAUAUGCUUUUGAAAUUUUAAAAUAGUGUAGAAGUUAAUUUCUUAACAAGAACGUGUCACUCAUUUUCGAUAUAGCUUAAAAGGGUAUUGGAAAGGAAUGAAGUGGUCAAAAAAUAUUUUCUUCUAGUUGAGAUACAUCCAUGAAAUUUUGUAUAAAUGGUGUGUAUACCCUAAAACAAUAUCUUGAAUGCUAGUGACUUUUUUGCCUGUUGAGACCUAUCUAAAUAGCACAUUUGAUACUCACUUCUAGGAAGUUGGUUUUCUUGGUAUAACCAAUACAUGUUCUGUCAUCUGAAGGAAACUCAUGAUGUCAUCUUGAAGUUAGGUAGCCAGUUUAUUGUCUUCAAAAGUCAAUCCAAGACAUUCAAGGUUUCCAGUAGAAAUCUUAAAUAUCUUUUUGAAUACAUGAUGUUUAUUCAAAGAGAAUUAUUAUAAUGAUUGAGGGCAUCAUUACUUUUUGCAAAUGAAUAUGAUACUGUACUAAGUGGCUCAUACACGUAAUAUUGAAAAGUGUAGUUUAUUUAUGACAACACUACAUAUAUAAUGCUCUGAACUUCACUGAUACAAUUAUGUACAACAUUUAGAAACUUUUGGAUUCCACUGAAAAUACUGUAUUUGAUAAACAAAUGAAAAAUAAUUCUAUAUUCGAAAUAAUUAUCAAAAUAUUAAAUGGUCUUUCAUAUGGCACAUCCAGAAUGGAAAAGGCACAACUCAAAAAGU